AGACUAUUCAGGGAAUGGUCUGGUUUCUGAGGGGACAAUCAAGCUUAUGUUAAGUAGUCAAUCAUUGCAACUUAUUUUAGCUUUUCGGCCGGCUCUGCAAAAAAGUCUCAGAGCCUUUCAGCUAUGAAAACAACAAUUAUUUUAUAUAUAUAUUAUAGCUAAUAAUUGUAAUUUCUUUCAAUUAAACACAAUUUAUUUUUAUUUUUAUUAACUUUUCUUUUAUCAAUGAAGCUUUCUUGACAAUGAAACUUAAUUUUUACAGGGCUUUUUAUGUUGGUACUUCUUCACUAGAAGAAAUCGUAAGCAUUGAGCAAUGCUGCACCUUCAGAGGAAGCUUCCUAAAAGUAGAUGCAAGAACUGGGAGGAUCCUAUGGAAGACGUACAUAUUGCCUGAAAACCACGGCAAGCGUGGAGAAUAUGCUGGAGCAGCUAUAUGGGGAAGCAACCCAUCCAUUGAUGUUUCUAGGAACCAUGUUUAUAUAGCAACAGGGAAUCUCUACUCAGCCCCUCUUCGUGUCCGUCAAUGCCAAGAAAAGGAGAACAACCAAACAAGACCCAGCAGUCCUGACAAAUGUGUUGAGCCUGAGAACCACGAGAACUCAAUCAUGGCACUUGACCUUGACUCUGGCAAAAUCAAGUGGUAUAAGCAGCUUGGAGGAUAUGACGUUUGGUUUGUGGCUUGUAACAAUCUUUCAACCCCUAAUUGCCCCCCUGGUCCAAACCCAGAUGCAGAUUUUUCAGAAGAGCCUAUGAUGUUGAGUGUAGAUAUAAAUGGAACUAAGCGAGAUAUAGUUGCUGCUGUUCAGAAAAGUGGUUUUGCUUGGGCACUGGAUCGCACUACCGGAGAACUCGUUUGGUCAACGGAAGCUGGCCCUGGAGGCGCAGGUGGAGGAGGAUACUGGGGGCAGCAACUGACGAAAAGAGUGUACACCAACAUAGCAAACUCUGAAAGAAAAAUCUUCAUUUUGAAGCCAUCAAAAGCAAAGACAAGAGCUAGAGGAUGGGUGGCAAUGAAGGCUAAGGCCAUUUCCAACCCUAUGCACCAUUUUUUGCACUAUUUUAGUGCUCUGCACUAA